CCUUCCUCUUUUUCUUUCAUAAUUUCAUUCCGUUCGAACCAAACGGCCCUAAGAAUUGCGUGCAAAACCGCCGGACGGAGAGAGUAUCUUAUUUGCUCCUGAAAAUCUAAUUAUCAUUAAUUGUUGUGAAACCGUUUCACUUUCAACGGGUCCAUCAACCCCAUCUGUAGCAAUUAAUUAUAGCAAUUUUUAGUCCAUCUUCCGUGCUUGCAUACAACUCUCACUCACAGGCCUAACUUGAACGGCUUAACUGUACUGCAAGAGAAAGGGGCAAUUCAAAGAAGAUGGAAUGGUGCUUGACUAUGCCCAAGAUUGAAUUACAUGCUCACCUCAAUGGCUCCAUUAGAGACUCUACUCUUCUCGGACUUGCUAAAGCAUUGGGUGAUGAGGGAAAGAUAGUUUUCUCAGAAUUUGAGCAUGUCAUUUUAAAACAUGAUCGUUCACUUCGAGAAGUUUUUAAACUUUUUGACCUAAUCCAUCUGGUGACUACUGACCACGAGAUUGUGUCAAGAAUCACUAAAGAAGUUGUUGAAGAUUUUGCUGCGGAGAAUGUUGUCUAUUUGGAGUUGAGAACAACUCCAAAGAGAAAUGAUUUGAUAGGCAUGAGCAAGCGAUCUUACACUGAAGCUGUUGUGAACGGUCUAAGGGCUGUAAGAACUGUCGACGUUGAUUUUUCUUCUUGUACCGCAGGGGGUCCUCCUACUCCUGAUUGUAGAAAUAAUUCAUGUGCUGGAACUGCAAAAAAGAAAAUAUAUGUCAGGCUUCUUCUCAGCAUAGAUCGUCGUGAGAGCACUGAAGCUGCUAUAGAAACUGUCAAGCUAGCACUUGAUAUGAGAAAUUUGGGAGUGAUGGGAGUUGACCUUUCUGGCAAUCCUAUCAUUGGUGAAUGGGGAACAUUUUUGCCAGCUUUAAAAUUUGCUCGGGAACAAGGUCUCCCAGUUACUCUUCAUUGUGGUGAGGUACCCAAUAUGGAGGAAAUCCAAGGAAUGCUUGACUUUAUUCCUGAAAGAAUUGGACACGCUUGUUUUUUUGGAGAGGAAGAGUGGAAAAAGUUGAAAUCUACAAAAAUCCCAGUUGAGAUUUGUUUGACAUCCAACAUCCAAACUAACUCAAUUUCUUCCUUGGAAGUUCAUCAUUUUGAGGAUUUGUACAGGUCCAAACAUCCCAUAGUCCUCUGUACAGAUGAUGCAGGAGUGUUCUCCACCAGUCUUUCCAAGGAGUACAGUCUCGCAUCGUCAGCAUUCGGUAAGUAUUGGUAAAAAGGAGAUGUUUCACUUAGCAAGGAAUGCUAUAGACUUUAUAUUUGCUGGAGAUGGAGUCAAAAAGGCAUUGACACACACGUUUGAUUCUGCUGCAAAAAAGCUUGAUUUAUGAGAAGUACUUGUGAUUUAUGGCAUAAUUUGGCACCUCCAAGGGGUUGGUGUUAAAUAAUCUAAUUCAUGUGCAAGGUGACGAUACUUCUAUUUGUCACUAGGCCAACUAUCUUUUACAUGCAUGUAUGGCAUUUGGUCUGAAGAAUCAAGUUCUCUCUAGCCUUUUAAGUUUUA